AUAUUGUCGAGGGAUCUAAUGAGCUAAAUUUAAAACAUAAGUAUAAAUAUUUUCAGAGUAAUUGAGAUAAAAGGUAAAAACCCGAGUCAUAUCUUUUGUGGCCUUCUAAUUUCCUGGCUUUAAGCUUCCUCUUAAAUCACAUUUUUAUUCGGUUUAAGAGGAGACAAAUGCAGCUUGGGGUGUGAAGACUGUGAAGACACACACCGUGACGAUUUGCAACCCUAGCACAUGUGAGAUGAACUAAAGUUUAACCUCUACCCCUCAAAUGAUUCAAACAAUAUAUUCUGCUGAAUACGUCUAAACUAUUUCCUAAUUACUACAAGUACAUAGGUAUUUUAUCCAAAAUCAUCAAACAGAAAAAUGCAUGUUAUUAACCCUUAAAUUAAAAUGACAAUCAUAAUGAAACUGUAUGGUACGUUAACUGAAAAAUAUCUAACCAACGCGAUGCCACGAUUUUAUUUUUUCAUCAACAGCGCACAGCGCAUGCCCAGCCCGCGGCCCGUACCGCGCAAGCGCGAACUUCUUGCAAAGAUGGCCGAUCGUGCCCGGCUCCUGAACCAUUGUAGUGACUUAUUUUCAUCGUAAAUCAAAACAAAAGCCAUUAUCAGGUCCAAAAGAAAAUAAAACUAAUAAUACGUUCCAAUUUUAAAUUAUGACCAUGGAUAAAACCAGUAAUUUUGUUUCUAGUCGUCAUUAAAUGUGAAAUACGUUCAGAUUUUGCUUUGAGACCGUGUUGACAGAUCAGUGACAAUCGUUGGAGAUGAGUGGCUGCAAUAUUUUACAUGGAUUAUCUGGACUUUGUUAGGAUUCGCGAAUACAGAACGUGCUAGCAAUUCCCGUCACUUGUUGAAAGAGGGACAGUGAGAGAAAAUGGACCAUUUUGGAGAACAUUUGUCAACGAAAGCUGAGUGCAAAAGAUGGAUCUCUCCAGUAACGUCUAACUCACACAAAGGACGGCUUGCUUCUCGUAAAAAUUGCUAAGAAUAUGCUUUGUGACGAUUUCUGAGCAAAUAUGGACAAAAACUCCAAGAAGAAGAAUCAUGUCAAUGGUAAAUAUAAAAAGAACAACAAAACAGACAAUUAUAGACUCGAUGAUGAGAUUGAUACUACUUGCUGCUUCUGUAUCAAAACCAAAAAGAGUCAAAAGAAAAGUCUCAUCGCUGGAUGUGUCACAAACUUAGGGAUAUUUGUUCUUCUUCUCGGAUAUACUCUUUUAGGAGCGUUCGUGUUCCUUGCCAUAGAAGGGAAUGCCUCGAAAGUCCAUCAGAAGACCUUGGCUACCACGUCAUACCAAGCGAACGAGGUCGCGAAGACUGUUCCAAUCUCAAAACUGAACGGAACGAUCGCACAAGCUAGCGCGGAAUUGAGGUCACAGACUGUUGAAAGCAUUUGGGAGAUAACCGUAUCUUUGAAUAUUCUUUACAAAGAGAACUGGACGAGGCUAGCUGCCCAGGAAAUUGCGAGGUUUCAAGAGAAGUUGGUUGCAAGAGUGGCGGCAGAUGUGUCCGCUCAGUACGGUGGUGCUAGAGCGCUGGAGUCGGCACCAGCUCUCAUAGUGGAUGACUAUGAAUGGAAUUUUGCCAAAGCUUUUUUGUACUCAUUAACGGUUCUUACGACUAUAGGUUACGGCAGUGUGGCUCCGAGGACAGCACUAGGGAAGGCAGUUACCAUAGGAUACGCUGUCAUUGGGAUUCCCUUAACCCUACUCUAUCUAUCUGUUGUUGGCGCCUUAUUGUCAAGACUCGCAAGAAGCAUAUUUAGCAGGGCACUCUGCUGCUGUCUAUGUACUAAAUGUGGAUAUUGCUGCCUCGACGAGAGAACGAUAGGAGGCAAAGACAGGAAAGAUAAAGUAAGAAGACAAGAUGACUACAGAAACCCAUCAUUACACCUUCAAGAACCGUAUUACGUCCGGUCACCAUCAGGUACCAUUAUUUCGGCAUCUCAAGCGCACAGCGUCAGCACGACUUCUAUAAAAGACAAAAACCAAAGCUUAAGCUUCCUCCGCGACUGCGACUCCUUGAGCUGCACAGAUACUGACUCAAAAAUCUCCUUGCACGGUUUCUCGAUUCUCGCCCCUCUUUCUUUGUGUCUAGCCGCCAUUUUUACAUAUAUUUUCUUUGGUGCGUUAGUUCUUUACCAGUUGGAAGGCUGGAGCCCCAUUGACGGCGUUUACUUUUGUUUUAUGAGUCUAAGUACGAUUGGUUUCGGUCAUCUAGCGCCUGGAGCCACUCAGAAAAGUGGAGCUUCUACUGGAACUGUAUGGUUUUGCUCGAUUUAUAUAAUGACCGGUUUAGCUCUCACUGCGAUGUGCUUCAACGUGCUGCAUGACGAAAUUGUCCACCGCCUAAGACACCACAAGAAAAUUAUCAAGAGCACUCAGAAGGUGCUAACGCCAGAGUUCUUGCAUAGGUCUUGACGAGAUGAAAGUGCCGAACUGACUGAAGACACUUUGAUUGAUUCGGAAGGAGAGUCGUUGCCAGAGGUUCUUCACCAUGUUUCUGGAAGAUGUAAGGGGGGAGCGAUCCGACGGUCAGUGUUUACACUCCGGGCAGAGAAACAGCCAGACAGAACGACUUCCAUGUAAUAUAGGAGAUAUUAACUCAGAGAUUUUCCCUUGAUAUUUUCCCUAUAGAUAUUAGGAAUGGGUAAUUGUUUUAUUGGUAGAAAAAUAAUAUUUUUUCUUUCAAUAAGCAAUCAAUAUUACACGAAACUCAUGUAAGGAGUUCAUAUUAAACCCUCAGGUAACAUUAGCCUCUGAUUUUGGCGUGAUAUUAAAUUGAUAAUACCUAUUUUACGCAUUACUCCAGGGAUGUCAUUUUCCCAGAUAAUGUGGCAUGAAAUAAAACAUUAUUGCUGAGGGAUGGAAAGAAACUGAUUUCUGACGAGGUACUUACCUAGAUGGCAAAAGGUUCGAGUCAGAAAAAGCCCAUUUCCACCGAAACAUAGUGCUUUUCUCAAACAUGUGAGGAAAUACAUUAAACAUAAUAUAUAAUUUAGCCAAUGUUGCAAACGUGAUGUAUACGUUCCUUCCGCAAUGUUGCGCGCACCGCGCAUCCGGCAGGCAUCUCGUGCAGGGCCCGGGGCAGCGGACAAAUAUGGAAUUUUCACCUCAGCAGCUCGAACAAGGGUACUUUGCUGCUUGCAAACAGUGAGCAAAAUCGCAGUUUGCUCACGGAGUGAGACGAAAUGACAUUCAAAUGAUCUUUAUAUUCGAAUGUCAUUUCAACGUUCAGGGCCUAACACGAGUACGAAAUACUUGGGUUCGAUUCCAUCCGUCCCCUUCAUAGCAUCGUCAUUAGCAAAAAGAAAGAGACAAAGAAGUUCACACAUAAUUCAACGGUAUAUUGAUGGUUUAUAAUAGACCUACGAAAUAAAUCAGAACGCAUUGUUCCUAAACACCUACGAGUACGAAUUCGUAAUAAUUAAUUCUUGAUUUUUUGAUAAGAACGCUAUAUUUCACGGAUUUUAUACAGUUUAAAUAAUUAACUUAAAACAAUACAAAGAUUAUCACGCAAAAUUAAUAAUUUUUCGUGAGUGAAAGAGUGAUUAGAUUUUUUCAGGUACUUUUCCUUCCAAAUAUGUUCUCAUUGCAGAGUGAAAAUUCUUGUGUAUUACACGAGAUCAAAGUUAUUUACAUCUCGUGCGCUUUUGAGUCCCUUGCUACGCUCAUGAAUCUAUUAUAGAAUCUUUCGCUUGCACGGGACUCGAGCGCUGGAAAAAAUAUCAAACUUUGCUCUCUUGUUGUACAAAUAACUAUUGUAUCGGUUAUUUUACUCCUAGGAGUCAAAAUAGUCAUAUGAAUUUCAUUUUUAUCCACUGCGUCCGUGCCGGAGUCGCGGCGGGCCCGCGUUGUCGAUGGUUGGGAUAAAAAUUACGCACUUUGCGUCUUCGAUUUACGAACAAAAUGCGAUCAUUUCCGAGCAUGUUUGAGAAAAAUAUCUGUAUUUUACAGAGUGCUAGGCGCAGCUAAUGUAGACAAGCAGUUAAAGACGGCUCUUGAUGCAUCGCUGCUGCUACCCAUCUUUGGUACAAUUUUAGACUUGCAAACAUCUUAUGUAGGAAAUGACAUCCCUAGGAGACAUAUAAAUAGAAGAAGCUCACGUACUCAAUAAAGUAAUGACUGACCAUAUUUGUUAAUUAUUUUGUAUAGCCUAGAAGAUUAUAUACAAUUAGGAUUCAUUAUUUAAAGGAAGGGGAGCUGUGUUGAAAGUCCUAUUAAGGCUAAAUGUAACCUAUUAUACUUUUAAAGAAAUUUUAUGUAACGUUUUUUGCAUCGUUUAUUGUAAAAAACUAAGUACAUUUAUCUUGAACUUUCAAGGAUAUUUCACAUUAAUCUAUAAUUUGACUAAAUUAACAAAAAUAUUUUUUUAGAUUUUAAAUUAUUUAUAAAUAUUCCUGAAAUAAAUAGGAAUAUAUGACUAUCAUGUUUUAUCUGCAUUUUAAAAAUGUCUUCAACCGUCAAUUGUAUACUAAUAAAUACAGAUUGAUGCAAAUAACUUGACCAACUUUAACCAUCAUUUACUUCUUAAGGCGCCUCCGAGCUUUAGGGUGCCUACGUAUAAAAUCGCAAUUUCGUUAUCAGCGUAUCCCUUCUCUAUUGCUCUUGCCUAUUAUUAUUGGACCUUUGUUAAUAUAACAUUAUUUCCUGGUAUUACCAGAACAGAGUAGGUACAUUGUUAAAGUUUGUCAGGUUGUUGGGACGUACGGUGAAAAUUGUAACUGCCAACUGAGACAUUUGUUUGUCAGACAAUGACCAUUUUUUACUUAGGUAAAAUGUUGUAGUUUAAUUUAAUUUCUAAGGUCUUUCGAAAAGAUACUGAAACACUGUUAUAAACCCAGAAAUUGUAUUUUCAGUUUGACUAUUUCUAGAUUUAAUCUAAAUUAAUUUAACAUUGGACAAAUAUCUUUCUGAAAAAAUCCUAUUUAUGAUUAUUUUAAUAGGAAAUCAGAAGACUCACAUAAUGAAUUGAAUAGGUUGUAGCUCAUACAAAGUGUGGAUUGAAGUGUCAGUUUUUGUGCAAUUGUAUGAAGUGUAUGAUAGACUUUUGGGAAUAGAAAAAUAAAACAGUUUUAAGCACA